AUGCUCGAGCAUCGUUACUACGGAGAAAGUUGGCCAACUCCAGAUCAAUCGACCGAAAAUCUCAAAUGGCUCACAUCGCAACAAGCACUCGCGGAUUUAGCUCAGUUCAUUAUGACCAUGAAUAAGGAACGGAAUCUGGUCAACCCUCAGUGGAUUACAUUUGGUGGCUCUUAUCCUGGAAUGCUCUCCGCCUGGUUCCGACAAUUUUAUCCUGAACUAUCGGUGGGUGCAUUAGCAAGCUCGGCACCGAUAGGAGCGAAAGUCGACUUUUACGAAUACUUAAUCGUUGUUGCAAAUUCGUUACGAUUCUUCAACCCGAAAUGCGCCGACAACGUUGGAAAAGCGUUCGAUGAAAUGCAUAAACUUUCUUUAACACAAGAGGGACGUCAAAAUUUGACGAAGAUAUUCACACUGAAACCAGAAUGGACCGCACGAUCAACGAUUACUGACAUCGACAUGCAGAAUUUCUUCAGCAAUAUCUACGGUAACUUCCAGGGUGCAGUGCAGUACAAUAACGAUAACAGUGGAAAGCAUGCGAUUGGUGGAGGAAUAAAUGACGUUUGUAAGUAUAUGGUGAACAAUGCGAAAACUCCAAUUGAAAAUGUGGCUGAUGUUAAUGCGUAUAUAGCGACGUUUUGGGAUGGUUACUUCAACUACACUGAUAAUCGCUAUCAAAAUUAUGUUGAUUACUUGAAGGAUAUCACGGCAAUGUCCGCAAGUCGCAGUUGGACAUAUCAAACAUGCAAUGAGUUUGGAUUUUUCCAGUCAACUGAUAUCGGCAAAAACAUGUUCGGUGCUCCGACGCCUGUGAAUUUCUUCAUUGACACAUGCCGGGAUGCUUUUGGACCAACGUUUACACCAAAAUUCGUUUACGAAGCCAACGAAAAAUCACACAACUAUUAUGGUGGUGUUGAAUAUUAUCAU